CAUUAAACAAGGCGAGGGGUCGUGGACGAGCGAGCGCCACCACCGCCGCCCAAGUCUUGGCUCUGACGUGCACGAGAACGCAUCGGCAACGUGCUAUCCAUGAAGAGUCUCGUGCUGCUUCUUGGCCUUUCUGUCGCACGUGGCUACGACGUGCCGUCGGCUCCAUGCGGCAAAGGAGUGACACUUGCUGUGAACGUACCAUCCCUCUACGAAAGCCAGUGGUGCGCCCAGUGUACGAUUGGCAACUACAAGUGCGUGGAGGUACAAUCCACAGUCCAGAUUGACAUUGCCGAUGCCACCGACAAUGCCGGCGCGACGACGACAGACAGCGUCGUGACAUUUACAGGAAACUUUGCAGAGCUCGGGAAUGUCGGCCCGAAAGCGCCACAACUCAUCACGGCAUUAACAAUCAAGGGCAGUCCGUCCUCACGCAGCUUUAACUUCCGCUUCAGCGCGGUCGCGACACUUGCGCGUCUCGAAUCUUUGAACCUUACGAACGUGAACGCGGCGCAGCAUUCCUCAACAAUCGUCCUUCCCACAUCCCUCGUCACCUUAUUCAUCGACCGGUGCACUGUGCCUGCUGCGGGUCUCUCCAUCGACGUGCCGCAGCUCACGACGCUCGCCAUCACAGCCAGCAACCUCACCAAUGCGUUUUCGCUCGACUUGAGGUCCACAUCCCAGCUCAAACUCAUUGACUUGUCCGGCAACCAAUUUACGGAAAUCCCGGCGUCGUUGAUCAAGUUGGUUGAAUCUGGCACGCCGAUUUCCAUCGACUUGAGACGAAAUCCCAUCGACGCGUCGACAGUAUCAGGCAUCAGCGAGUCAACUUUGCGCUCCUUUCUCAUCCAAUUGCCGGGGACACCACCCCCGACGACCCCCACGUCGACCAUCGCAACGUCUCAACCGACCCCGACAACGUCCACCGACAUCUCGUCCAACAUCGGGGGCAUCGUGGCAGGCGUUGCGGCGGCGUGUGCUGUCCUCGCCAUCCUUGGGUUUGCCAUACUUCACCGCCGCCGUCGGCGGAAGUCAGCCCCGCUGCUCGGUCGGGAAAUGUCCCGGCGCACGAGCUCCGCCUGUGAAGACGACGCCACCACGGGCGAGUACAAGUCGGACCCCGUGACGCCGCCCCGCUUCGUCGCGACGGCAACGUCAUCUGCGCCGUACGAUGCGACCCAGUUCCCCCUCGAUGCACGACAGGGCUAUGCUGUACUACAACGGACGGAACUGCGGCACCUCAAGAAGUCGGCGUGCGGGUUCUUCACAGCUGAAUACAACAAUUCGGUCCGCGUUCUCGUUCAGAAACUCGAGAUCGCUGUCAUGGCGGAUGCAGAGGCCACCGACAACCUUGCGACGUCGGUGGGCAGUCGCAUGUUUGUGCAACGCCUGCCGCUCCUGGCGUCGCUGCAGCAUGCGAAUGUCCUGCCGCUGCUAGGCGCGAUCAAGCACUCGUCGACGUCCAUGUAUGCCGUCUUCGGCCCGACGUCCACGCAAGCGAAUGCAUCGUCCCAUGCCGUCGUGUCACUAUCGUCGCUGUUGUACCAAGACCCGAAGAAGCCUCUGGCCGAAGACAUUCCAUGGGCAACACAGAAGAAGUGGUGCCUCGACAUUGCCCGCGCGGUAGAGUACCUCGAGGACGUGCAGUGGGAAGCGGUUGACCGCGCAUGGACGAGCGCGCAGUACAUUGUGCUGGACGACGCCACCAGGACAUGCCAAGUCCAGUGCAUGUCGUACUUGGACGUGUCGGGGGUACCGCCCGUGCAAUCGUUUGGGACGAACUCACUUGCGUGGACCGCGCCCGAAGUUGUGCGACAAGGCGAAUCGCGUCGGUCGGCUGCCCACGUGUUUGCAAUGGCAGUCGUGUUUGGCGAAGUUGUGGCCCGUGUUCGCCCGUAUGCGUCGUCGUGGCGAGCGCAGGGACCUGUUCGUGCAGACAUUGCGGUGAUGCAUCUGCUGACCGACACGCCGACCCCACUUGUCCCCCACGAGUUUGACGCGAGUGUGCCGGCAGAGUUUUCGACGUUGGUCAGGCGGUGCCUCGACCGAGACCCGCUGAAGCGGCCGUCACCGACAGACGUGAUUGCAGCGCUCACUCAGUGCCGAUAGAAUGCGCACGGUUCGAUAUCCAACAUGAAUGAAUCCUGUACAGGUUGGAGUCAUCCCCCCGCCAUUGUCGUCGCUUCCGUCGCGUGAACUGCCUCUGCCGCCAAGCAGUCGGUC